AUGGCGGACCUGGGUAAGAAGUACUGCGUCUACUGCCUGGCCGAUGUAACCAGCCUGCGCCUCCGUUGCACCGAGUGCCAGGACAUCGAGCUGUGCGCAGACUGCUUUUCGGCUGGUGCUGAGAUUGGCAAUCACCGGCGGUGGCAUGGGUACCAGCUGGUGGACGGUGGCCGCUUCACUCUUUGGGGGCCCGAGGCCGAAGGAGGCUGGAGCAGCAGGGAAGAGCAGCUGCUGCUCGAUGCCAUCGAACAGUUCGGAUUCGGGAACUGGGAGGAUAUGGCAGCACAUGUGGGAGCCUCUCGGACUCCCCAGGAAGUGAUGGAACACUACGUCAGUAUGUAUAUACAUGGAAACCUUGGGAAGGCCUGUAUUCCAGAUAGUAUUCCCAACAGAGUGACAGAUCAUACUUGUCCCACAGGAGGGCCACUGUCUCCUAGUUUGACAACACCACUACCUCCUUUGGAUAUAACUGUUGCAGAACAGCAGCAGUUGGGUUAUAUGCCUCUCCGAGAUGAUUACGAGAUUGAAUAUGAUCAGGAUGCAGAAACUCUAAUCAGUGGUUUGUCUGUAAAUUAUGACGAUGAUGAUGUUGAAGUGGAACUAAAAGAAUCUUAUGUAGAUAUGUAUGUAAGGAAGCUCAAAGAGCGGCAACGACGGAAGAACAUAGCAAGGGAUUACAAUUUGGUUCCUUCCUUUUUAGGGAAGGAUAAGAAAGAUAAAGAGAAGCCAGUAAAACGGAAAAUAUCUAAAGAGGAGAAGGAACUUAGAUUAAAACUGAGGCCGCUCUACCAGUUUAUGUCCAAUAAGGAAAUUGAAGACUUUUUUGAGAAUAUGCACAAAGAGAGGAUGCUCCGAACUAAGAUUCGGGAAUUACAGCGAUACCGCAGAAAUGGUAUUACAAAAAUGGAAGAAUCUGCAGAAUAUGAAGCAGCCAGACACAAAAGAGAGAAGAGAAAGGAGAAUAAAAAUACAGCUAGCUCUAAAAGAGGGAGGGAAGAUGGCAAGGAUGGAGAAUUUGCAGCUAUUGAGAAUCUCUCUGGUUUUGAACUCUUAUCUGACCGAGAGAAGGUUCUGUGCAGCUCCCUGAACUUAAGUCCAACUCGCUACUUGACUGUGAAAACAAUUAUUAUAAAAGACCACCUUCAAAAAAGACAGGGGAUUCCGUCUAAAAGUCGUCUCCCCAGUUAUUUGGAUAAGGUUCUAAAGAAAAGGAUUUUAAACUUUCUAACAGAAAGUGGCUGGAUAUCUAGGGAUGCAUCUUGACCACUUUUUUAUAAUUUAUGACUUCAAAAAAGACCUGUUGUAAUUUAAAUCGCCCCUUUAUAAAUAAUCCUUUUUCCAGGAAAACACCUGCAGAUUUUUUUUUUUAUAAAUGUUAUUUUAAUACUAAUGUAAUAUAUAUUAUAUAUUGUCAUGUCUCAUCAAA